AUGCCAGAAGACUCUCACUGUCCCAACCUUUAUACUAUGCAGCGCGUCACCUUUACUGUUAGCAAGAAUACAGACCUCUGUGGGCAAGAUAUCCAUAAUAUUCACUUCCAGAGCUUACCACAAGGAUCUAUUGACGCAUGGAGACAGCGGCUCACAUUAUACAUCUCUAAGCCCAUCCAUCCGCUUGUAAUGAAUUAUGCAAUUAAUGAAGAGUCUGUUCCAGAGGUCAUACAGCUUCGGCUUCUACUCCCCUAUUCUCCAAUUGCUGACACCAAAGACCAGUCCAUUUCCAUGCGUGUGAGGCUUUGUUGGAGACUUAUAGCUUCUGUUGCUGCUCUCUAUAGUGAGCUUGAUAAGGAGUUUCUCUGUCCUGCAGCUCUCUUCGACACCCUGCCGGUCGAGGAGCUGGACCCUGCGCAUUUUUCAUACGAUAAAGAGAUUGACCUUUUUCGGGUUCUCUUACACCCUCGAGUAGCCCUGGAACCUCCUAGGGAUAACAUCUGUGUAUCCUCGCUUGUUGUCGGGCCCUGCUCAAGUCCUGAAGUUCUUCAUGGGGGGCCAGGAAGUACACAGUCGGUUAUGUGGUCUCUCGGAUGUCUGUUAUACAGAAUCUGUAAUGGCAGCUAUCCAUUUGGAGACGAUAGAUCACAGGUGCUUCCGGCCAUUCUUUCAACUCUUGGUCCUAGCGCCUUACCAAAGCGUGCAUCGACUUUGGUGGAGAAGGUUCCCCUAACUUUGCGGCCGUUAGUGGCACAGCUCCUAGCAUACAGACCCUCCGAUAGGCCAACUCCUACCAAACUUCUCUUGCAUCCCAAAGUUUGUGACCUUCUAUCCAAAGUUCCCUUUGCUAGUCGCACCCUUCUUCGUUCUAUACCCAUUGGAUCUCUUUUAGAGCCUCCUCUCGAUGUACCGCAGCCUCUUGUUUUACCUUCCUGGUUGCAGAAGCCUCUGACAGGCCGUUCUGAUGGAUUAUCUUCUCUAAUUGAAAACUCUCUAGAAAGCAUACUCUUGGAUCUCCCAGACUACCUACCCAUAGCGCACUGUGGAUUCAACGGAAUGUGUGAAGGUUUUGUUCUCAAAAAUCGUAGCACAGGUAUCCGUGUUUUCUGCAAAGUAUAUCGUAUCGGAGAUGACUCUGUGUUGCAGAAUGCUAUAACUGAAUAUUUUGCAGAAUUAGCUUCAAUAUCGCAUCCAUAUAUUGUGCCCUUGUCCUUUGGAAAGAUCAGCUCCUUAAACACCUACGCCUAUGAGGCCGUGGAGGCCGCUUCCCUUCACCGUCUCAGCGACGUCGUAGGAACUCUGGACAGGGGAGGUCUCUGUGAGCAGAAGGUCUGGAGCCUACUUAUUGCCGUUGUCGAUGUGCUCUGCAUGCUCCAGACGCGCUCUGACGGCCCCCUCUGUCACCAUGCUAUCCGCCCGUGGGCGCUUUAUUUGACCCAGGAAGGGGAUCUGCGCCUUCUUGACACAGGGUCUGCUCUGCGCUUCGCCAAGAAGCUUACGCAGCCAUCUCGCUGCGGACACUUGGCUUUGGACAAGGGUCUGGAUCCCUUCACUGCACCUGAACUUCGUCCUGGCAGCGCCCAGUCAUGGGUUGGAGGCUCCCGGGCAGACCUUUGGGAGCUGGCACAAACAAUUUGCCACCUCUGCCGCGGAGAUAUCAUUGCUUGCUCGACACUGGAUGACGCCCAGGCACAUCUCCGAGGCCACUUUCUUGGUCUGUCGUACUCGGACGAGCUGCACGGAGUCUUGGCUGGCAUGCUCCAGCCGGACCCUGUGGCGCGCACCGCUCUAUCGAUGCUUGCGACACAUCCGUGUAUCCGUCAGAAGCUGCGGUCUGAGCUGGUCCACAACACUCUCCGCCGCAGCCCUCUACAGCACGCAAUCUUCUCGUGCGACGAGGCCAUGGUUCUCCAGCGGAUGCGAACAGACGCCGGAGGCCGCGACGCCCAAGGCUGCACAGCUCUUUUCCUGGCGGCGCAACGCGGUAUGCAUCAGCUCCUCAACCUCCUCGUGGGGGCAGAGGCGGACAUCGCAGACAGUCGGGGGCGCACUGCUCUAAUGGCUGCGGCGGCAAACAACCGCGUUGGCUGCAUCGAUAGGCUUCUCCCCUUCCAGCACGGCAGGCAGGACUUCGAUGGAGACACUGCCCUGAUCUAUGCGGCGCGGUUCUGGGCUACAGAUGCUCUCAGUCUUCUCAGGACUGAAGCGCGGCUGCAGAACAAGCGCGGCGAGACGGCCCUGAUGGUGGCCGCCGCCUCAAACUACGUGGAGGGUGUUGAGGCGCUCCUUCUUUACGAGGCCCGCGCUCAAACGGUAGAGGGGUGGACAGCCCUCAUGUGCGCCGCGGUCGUGGGCGCCACGGCUGCGGUCUGCCAGCUCGUCACCGUUGAAGCAGGGCUCCGGAACAACCGUGGCCGGACAGCGCUGAUCGAGGCCGUCCUCUGUGGCCAGAUGGCAUCUGUGCAUGUGCUUGCCCCUCUGGAGCACGGAGCAAUUGAUGCAGCAGGGCGCUGCGCUUUGAUGUAUGCGGCGAGCCGGGGACACACACCCGCCAUCAGGAUCCUCUGCCCACUCGAAGGAGACGUCCUUGACCCCAGCGGGUGCGACUACAGAAGCUACGGGGAGACAGACUGUUUACUAUAA